GUGAAACAUUGCUGGUGUGCUCUUUGUUUGGGCUUCGUCCAAGCCUAUUCGCAUGCAACAUAAAACAUGCCAAAUCCCCAAGUAUCAUUUUAUUCUUCCUGUACAUGAUCAUCGCUUUCAAAAUACCAUUACUACCUUUUUCUCUCCAUACAAACCUCCCCAUACCUUGAUCGACCCUCACGAGCCACCCCAGUGAUAUGUCCCUGCCUUUUCAACGCACAGCUAACACCAAUACCGGCGCCGGAUUCCAUACCAAUUCCGCGGUGAGUGGAGGAUUGAAACGUUCAAACGCAUUUUCCCGCAAGCGUGAAGAGAAGAAUCCACUGAUAGACCGUCAACAGCCACUGAGAUCCGAUCCGUCAAUGUCUAGAGAACCAAAUAGCUGGACCAAAUAUGGUCGCAAGGAGGAUAUCCGUCCUGAUAUGACCCGAGACAAGGGCAAGCGCCCUGAGGGUCUUAGGGCUGGCGCGCCUGCCAGUUCAUCGACGCAGAAAUUGGCAAAUAGCUAUGCUGAUCCAUCUCCCAAGCGCGGGGGGAUCGAAACCAAUCCGCAGAAUGUUCGGUGGCCUUUUCUGGGUAAAAUGCGGUAAUUCUGGUCGGCUGGGUCCGUCAGAUACGGUAUGUGCAUGGAACUGAGGUGCAUCAAAGCAUUAGAGAUGUCUGUUAUGUCUGCGUGAUGCUUUACGAGUUUCUCUGAUGACUUAUGACAUUUUGAUGGGUAUGAUCGUGAUGCUCGAUGUUAUCUUCUACUGCAUUUUGGCUUUGUUCUUGUGGUUUGCUAAUUUCUCGC